AUGUCUGGACCUUCCCGUGCCCAGAACGGAGGAGUUCGGAAGACAAACGCUUCAUCCAGCACAAUGCGCGCUCCAGUAACCGCACGACCAUCUUCACGAAACGGCAUGGUUCACCCGCAGUCCUACAUGACUGCCGCGAGGAUGGGAGCCGGAACUCUUCCCAGCUCUCCCGCCGGGUCUGUAGCCUCAGUCUCCUCUCGAGCACGGGGCAAUACCUCGCCAACAAAACGGCGGAUAAAGAAGGAUCUCUCUGCCGAGGAGCCGCCGCCACAGCAGGAAGACAAUGAAGCAAACAUCAACGUCGUUGUCAGGUGCAGAGGACGCUCCGAAAGGGAGAUUAAGGAGAAUAGCGGUGUCGUAGUCUCUACGCCGGGAGGUUUGCGUGGAAAGGAGGUUUCCCUGUCGAUGGGGCCUUUGGCGUUGAGUAACAAGACUUACACCUUCGAUCGCGUUUUCGGACCGGAGGCGAACCAGAAUAUGAUUUACGAUAAUGUUGUUGCGCCUAUACUUGAAGAGGUGAAUAUCCCGGAACAUAGGGUUGCGCGUUUUUUCCUGCUAUGGCAGAUACUGACGAGCUCUCUCCAGAUGCUUUCCGGAUAUAAUUGUACUAUCUUUGCUUAUGGACAGACGGGGACUGGAAAGACUUAUACCAUGUCCGGUGAUAUGACGGAUAACUUUGGGACCUACUCUGAUUCUGCCGGUAUCAUUCCCCGAGCUCUGUAUCAGCUGUUUCACAAGCUUGGCAUCGAUGAGGCAGACAAUUCUGUCAAGUGCUCCUUCAUCGAGCUUUACAACGAAGAACUUAAGGACUUACUUGCCUCGGACGAAAAUAACAAGGUCAAGAUUUUUGAGGACUCCACUCGCAAGGGAAUAGUUAUCCAAGGUAUGGAGGAGAGUUUCAUCAAGAAUGCCGAGGAUGGUGUCAAACUGUUACAAGAGGGAAGCCAUAAACGCCAGGUUGCAGCGACAAAAUGCAAUGACCUCAGUUCGCGAUCCCACACUGUCUUUACGAUUACUGUACAUGUCAAGGAAAUUGGUGAGGAUGGCGAGGAUUUGUUGAGGACUGGAAAGCUUAACCUAGUGGAUUUAGCUGGGUCCGAGAAUAUUGGGAGAUCCGGGGCAGAGAAUAAAAGAGCCAGGGAGGCAGGAAUGAUCAACCAGAGCCUUUUGACCCUGGGGAGAGUUAUCAACGCUCUGGUUGACAAGUCCCCUCAUAUCCCAUACAGGUAGGAGUUUCAAUCCUUGCCUCGACAGCUGGACGCGGUCUGAUAUGGUGCCCUAGGGAAUCGAAGCUCACCCGUCUUUUACAAGAUUCUCUUGGUGGACGCACAAAAACAUGCAUUAUUGCUACCGUAUCACCCGCCAAGAGCAAUCUCGAGGAGACUAUUUCGACUCUGGACUAUGCCGCUCGUGCUAAAAAUAUACGGAAUAAGCCGCAGAUCAACCAGAUGCUGACCAAGAAGGCACUGAUACGAGAAUACGUUACCGAAAUCGAGAAGCUCAAGGGCGAUCUCAUGGCAACACGACAGAAGAAUGGUGUCUUUUUGACUACUGAAUCGUACAGUGCAAUGACUGAGGAGAGCGAAAGUCGAAGAAUCUUGAACGAAGAGCAGCAGAGGAAGAUUGAUGUUAUGGAGACGCAAAUCAAGAACACCCGAGAACAGUUUGAACAGAAUAUGAGGCUGUUCUUGGAGCUCAAGAAGGAACUUGAAGGCACCAAGGGCGUUCUAGAAGAGACAAAAGGAGAACUCAGAAAGACCGAAAUCGACCUCUCGAGCACCCAGAAGGAUCUUGCUGAUGAGACCGUGUUAAGGGAAGCUCAUGAGAAAACCGAAGAGGAGCUUAAGGAUGUAGGGCAAAAACUGAUAACAAGGCUUGACGAAACUGUCCACGAUGUUAAUGGUCUGCACGCCAAAAUCCGCAGGAUGACGGAUCUUGAGGUGGUCAACCACAGCAGUUGGAUGAAGUCCACGGGGCAGGUUUCGGCUAUCACCGAGCUUGUCGAGAAGGAGAUCGGCUCUUUCACUGAGCAGCAAGUGAGGAUCACGGACAAUGUUUCCGAGAGGAUGUCAGCGUUUGUUGCUGCGGAAGUCAAUAAGCUUGAAUCUGCGUACGAAUACAUUGAGGCUCGGCUCGGGGGAUUCCGGAGUGGAGAGACUGAAUUGUCGGCCGAGACAAUGAAGGCCAAGGAUGAAAUGAAUCAAGUCUUGGAAGAGAUCAAGAUCUUGCGGGAAGAUGUAAAGCGGAAGGUUGGCGAGGGUUUGAAGGGACUGAAUGAAGCUGCCCAGAGAAUUUCUGCCGAGGUAGUGGAGGACUUGGGUAAAUUCGGUGUUCAGGUAAGGAGCUCUCCACUCCCAUUGGUGCCUAGUAAGAUGCAUGUCCAGCGGCUUAUCGUACCGUAGCUCCAUAACUCGUAUAAUCAACUUGGUAAAGAGUUCAAGGCCAUUUUCGAUGAUGCGGAGAAACGGAUCAUUGCCCAAAAGGCUGAAGCUGAGAAACUUCGGCUUCAACUCAGCUCGGCUACCGCUGCCGUAGUUAUUGCUACUGAUACCGCGCAAUCUAGCCUAGACUUGAUCCUUAGGGAGGAGCGCGAACGGGCUGCUGCGGACCGCCAAAAUCUGAUUAGUCAAGUAACUGCUCUCAUCAACGCUACGGCGGAGGAUCAAGACAAACGCCUCACCAAGCGUAUUCGCUUGGUGCAGGAUGAGAUUCUUGGUGCGAAAGGGGAGCUUGAUGAGGCUACAAAACAGUAUAACGUUGGCAUGGAUCAAUGGUCCGGGGGGCAGGAGAGGUUCAUCGAUGGGCUGGUGAUCUCGCAAGACUCGCUCAAGAAGAUAUUGGUACAGGAUUGGCAGGUGCGUACCCUAUACUGUAUUCUAUGCUGUCUUGGUGGGUGACAGCAAGCUAAUAUGAACCCUGUCUAUAGGAUGCUGAGAAGCACAAUGCCUCGAUUCAAGCUACAACACAAGCAAUUAACGCGCAGACGGUCCGUCUGGUGGAUGCACAAAUGCAAGACGUUGGAGUACAGAUGCAAGCCUUGGACGAAUUUGUCACUCGGGCGCGAUCGCAGAACGAAGCCCACUUCGAGGCUUUCACGCAAAACCUUAGUGGCCUGUCAGAAACCGUUCGGGAGUCGUAUGGUCGCAUGGAGGGAGAGUUGAAAGGCUUCGCGGAGGACUUGGACUCCUUUGGCAAUGACAUUUCGGAGCAGACCUCAUUGUCAAAAGGGAUCCUCGAGCCCAUCACCUCCACAGCUAAGCAACCCCUCUCAGAGCUGCGCGGAAACAUUGAGUCCGCGCCUCUCCAAGAGUACGUCCCGACCGGCGAGACCCCUAAACGCCGAACAUACGAGUAUCCAACCACGCUCCCGCACACCCAACCGCGCGAGGAGCUUCUAUUGAAGCCUGUGACGCGCAGAAAGAACUCUACCCGUACACCCUUGGGAGAGAAAGAGGUCCACUCACCGAACAAAAAUGUACAUGAAGAGCCGACUGACCCGAAAUCAGGCGUUUUUGGCAAACUUGCAACGGCCGGUCACCCCGCCUACGCCCACAAAAUCUUCUUCGGAACGGAUAUCGCAGCAUAUACCGGCAUCCCCGUUAGGGGUGGUGGGGGGGUGAGUGGUGCCGAUGGCGGACAGGGUGAGCAGGAUGAGGAUGACGAACCCCCAGCCAAGAGGACUAGGGGACAGAAACUUGCGGUUGCCAGAGGGGGGUACUCUGCUGGGAGUGCAGCUGGGCCGGCAGCGCCGAUAACCGCUGGUAACAGGAAGAGAUCUCGAUGAGAUGGAAGAGUAAUUGGUGGUGAUGUGAAAGAGUUCAUUUUCCUCAUUUUUUUCUUUUUUGUUCUCUCCCGCCCGCCCUUGUUAUUUUAUACCACUUACUUCGCGCUUGCAUCUUGUAUAUGGUUCACUUUGUUUGCUUCUGUCCGGAUCAGCCAUUUGGUUUUUAUUACUUCUUGCAUCAGGUUAAGGUUUUCUGGGUGUUCCAUUUUCUCUUUCUCUUGGCCUAGGCUAUAUUUUUGUACAGUAUGAUACAUCGAGUUUCCACCAUCUACCGGUAGUCUGGGUGCCGACAAUUGUCGCGGUAUGAUAGCAGCAAACCACGCUAUAUCACCAUCAAAAUUGUACUUUACCAUCUCGUUAUAUUGUACUAGCCAGGUUUUCCCUUCUACACUCUCGGCUUUCACUUUUUUUUUAUUUUAUUUUAUUUUUUACUUCUCACUGGAGUAAUUCGGGUCCAGAUGAGUUCGGUUCAAUCUCAUUGCAGCGGUUGAAUUAUCAAAUUGGGAGAAAAGAGACAUUCCGGCUCCUCGUGCGGCAUACAACACAUGGUAAGAGCUCGGAAAAAGGGAGGGUAAGAAAAAAAGAAACUCCAACUUGAAAAGAAGAAAAAAAAGCAAUUCCAGCCAUUGAACGCCCCCCGAUAAGGAUGAGAUAAGAUGAAUAAGUGGGGAUGGUAGAUAGGAGAGAGCAAUAGUCACCCUUUCCCGGUAUGGCGCCUUUACGAUAAUGAAAGCAGGGUAAUAGUAGUAGGAGAUAUCAUAGGGGAGGGGGAGGGGGGUGAAGGUUUAAGAUUCCGGCUCAGCACUGGCACCGGCACUGGCGGACCUCUCGGCGUAUUCGAUCACGCUCUUGAUUUCCGCCAUUCUAACGGAACGGUACUCGUCGUCAGCAUUAAUUAGCGCGCGGAGGGCAACGCAAAUAAGCAGGUGAGUGGGAGCGAACCUCUCGUGGUACAUCUCCGCGAGUUCAUAUAAGCUCUCCUU